CUCUAGUUUCUAGGGGGACGAAUUUGAGAGUGACACCACGCGGCAAGGUUUAGCAAGCAGCACAAUGGUUCUCUGUGCAUUGAGGCGACAGCUCCUGAUGAGUGGCGGCCGCUGUGGAACCUGGACCAGGCUGCUGCAGAGACAGAGCAGUGGGUGUGUUUACUCCGGCACCGAUGGCUUCAACCACCAGGAGAUCAGAGAGAAGCUGCUGGCCUUUCCUGGAGGCUCCAUUGAUCUGCUGAAACAAGACUCUGGCAUUGCUGUGCUGACCAUCAACAACCCUUCUCGCAUGAAUGCCUUCUCCGGCAGCAUGAUGGUGGAUCUGGAGGAGAGGGUGACCCAGCUAGAGAACUGGACAGAUGGCAAAGGCCUCGUUGUUCAGGGUGCUGCUGAAACUUUCUGUUCUGGAUCGGACCUCAACGCUGUUCGUGCAAUAUCCAACCCACAGGAUGGGAUGAAAAUGUGUAUGUUCAUGCAAAACACUCUUACAAGACUGCUCAGGCUGCCUCUCAUCUCUGUUGCUCUGGUGGAGGGGAGAGCUUUGGGAGGAGGCGCAGAACUCACCACUGCCUGUGAUUUCAGAUUAAUGGCAUCAGGCAGCGUGAUCCAGUUUGUCCACAAACACAUGGGUCUGGUCCCAGGCUGGGGCGGUGCAGCACGACUCGUCUGCAUUGUCGGAAGUCAGAAUGCACUGAAGCUGCUGGGCGGGGCUGUAAAAGUGGACCCUGAACUCGGCCUGCACAUUGGACUGUCAGAUGGAGUCCUCGAGGCCCAGCAGGAAGCAGAAGGUGCGGUCACUCUCCUACAGCAGGCCGAAAACUGGCUGAGCCGCUACACUAAAGGAGCUGCUCCAGUGAUCCAGGCUGUGAAGAAGGUUGUGUUGUCAGGAAGAGAGCUUCCUCUGUCAGAUGCUCUGAGGACUGAGAAGGAUGUGUUUGGGACGGUGUGGGGCGGUCCAGCUAACCUGCAGGCUCUGGCCAGCAAACCCAAACACAAAUGACCUGGUCCAAGUGUCUCUUCAGCAUCCCAGGAAGCACUUUGAUCAGCAAACAUCAACAGAGAUGUUUUCUAAAUGCCCAUCCUGGUCGAAAUUGUUCAUAAGAUGCCAAACAAAGAACUGUUAGAGCACAUAUGGGGAGAGACUGACUCUUGCUUAGCCUUACUGAACUGACUUUGGUGGAUUGAAAACAUCUAUGCUAUCAUAAUUUAAGCAUAAGGCUAUGUUUUACAUGGGGACUUCGUAGUUUCAGUGAAUUCAUUGGAGCUGCUUCAUUGCCUCAAAUAUACUGAUAAUUUGAUCCCACUCAUUGUCACAUACUCCUGUGGUUGUGAUGCUUUUUUUUUUUUUUUACACCCACUCUUGACAAGUAUAGAAGAUGAGAUGCAAAUAUACACUCAACAAAAAUAUAAACACUUUUGUUUUUGCUCCCAUUUUUUAGGAGAUGAACUCAAAGAUCUAAAACUUUUUCCGCAUACACAAUAUCACCAUUUCUCUCAAAUAUUGUUCACAAAUCUGUCUAAAUCUUUGAUAGUGAGCACUUCUCCUUUGUUGAGAUAAUCCAUCCCACCUCACAGGUGUGCCAUAUCAAGAUGCUGAUUAGACACCAUGAUUAGUGCACAGGUGUGCCUUAGACUGCCCACAAUAAAAGGCCACUCUGAAAGGUGCAGUUUUAUCACACAGCACAAUGCCACAGAUGUGGCAAGAUUUGAGGGAGCGUGCAAUUAGCAUGCUGACAGCAGGAAUGUCAACCAGAGCUGUUGCUGGUGUAUUGAAUGUUCAUUUCUCUACCAUAAGCUGUCUCCAAAGGCGUUUCAGAGAAUUUGGCAGUACAUCCAACCAGCCUCAUAACCACAGACCACAUGUAACCACACCAGCCCAGGACCUCCACAUCCAGCAUGUUCACCUCCAAGAUGGUCUGAGACCAGCCACUCAGACAGCUGCUGAAACGAUGGGUUUGCAUAACCAAAGAAUUUCUGCACAAACUAUCAGAAACCGUCUCGGGAGCUCAUCUGCUGCUCGUCGUCCUCAUCGGGGUCUCGACCUGACUCCAGUUCGUCGUCGUAACCGACUUGAGUGGGCAAAUGCUCACAUUGGAUGGCGUCUGGCCCGUUGGAGAGGUGUUCUCUUCACCAAUGAAUCCCGGUUUACACUGUUCAGGGCAGAUGGCAGACAGCGUGUGGGUAAGCGGUUUUCUGAUGUCAAUGUUGUGGAUGGAGUGGCCCAUGGUGGCGGUGGGGUUAUGGUAUGGGCAGGCAUCUGUUGUUGACGAAGAGCACAGGUGCAUUUUAUUGAUGGCAUUUUGAAUGCACAGAGAUACCGUGACGAGAUCCUGAGGCCCAUUGUUGUACCAUACAUCCAAGAACAUCACCUCAUGUUGCAGCAGGAUAAUGCACGGCCCCAUGUUGCAAGGAUCUGUACACAAUUCUUGGAAGCUGAAAACGUCCCACUUCGUGCAUGGCCAGCAUACUCACUGGACAUGUCACCCAUUGAGCAUGUUUGGGAUGCUCUGGAUGGGCGUAUACGACAGCGUGUACCAGUUCCCGCCAUUGAAGAGGAGUGCCACCCCCCACCCAUUAAACAAAACUGCACCUUUCAGAGUGGCCUUUUAUUGUGGGCAGUCUAAGGCACACCUGUGCACUAAUCAUGGUGUCUAAUCAGCAUCUUGAUAUGGCACACCUGUGAGGUGGGAUGGAUUAUCUCAGCAAAGGAGAAGUGCUCACUAUUACAGAUUUAGACAGAUGUGUGAACAAUAUUUGAGAGAAAUGGUGAUAUUGUGUAUGUGGAAAAAGUUUUAGAUCUUUGAGUUCAUCUCAUAAAAAAUGGGAGCAAAAACAAAAGUGCUGCGUUUAUAUUUUUGUUGUGUACAUAUUAACAGCGACACUAAUGUUAUUUGGUUAGCUAUUGCAAACAAAACUUCACAGUAAAAUAAACACCAUAAAUUCAAAA